AUGAAGCACAGCAUUCAGGCCAGGGCCUCCGCCGUUGAACCGUCUCAGGUCUCGCUGUCUGCCCCCACCGCGCCCACGCACCGGCGUUUCGUCCUCACUGAUCAUGUCGCCCUCCGCUUUCUCGAGGAAGACCCCUCCGUCACGGUCCUGGUUCGCCGCCAGAAACUCGAAGGCUACGAACUCUAUUUCAUCGAGCAGUGGGCUUGUUCUCGCACCCAUCCUACUUUCGUCAUUACCACAUUCAGCGGCGAUCCCAAGAGCGUUGCAUGGGGAAGUAUACUGAGCGUACCCGCGGAUGAGACGGCAUGGUCGCCCUACCUGAGAAUAUACGUGAAGGCAAUGGAGCAAUCUCAUGCCAAACGGGCGGAGACCAGCCUUGGGACGGUCAUGGUCACGAACAUGGGCGCCUUUCCCUCUAGUCUAACUGCCAUACCGGUUCCGGAUGGCGACGCCAAGAAAAAUAGGGAGCCCUUUUUUGUCAAUGUCAACCUGAAGCGGUUGGGCUGUUCGGGCAGAAUUGGGAUCAAACUCGCGCCCCCGAACACGGCAACAAUCGCCAAAUUCCAUCAACUUUAUCGGACAAGUGACAAAAUUCCUAUCAAUGGUGCCGUCAUUGAGCUGGUCAGGAUGUGUCAGCUUGCCCUGGUCCUCUUUACCAAGCUGGAUCCCGCAUAUGCUGAUGGCCUGCUUUGCGAUCAGACUGAGAAGGCUGUUAGCGACUGGUGGGUAGAGUUCGGGGCGGAACAUUACGCCGUGGAGCCGCAUGAUGGCAUUCUUGGACCGACUACAGUCGCUGGCUUGCUCGGAAUGCUCAUGGGCGCGCGGAAUCGACUUAGUGCUCAGAAUGCGCCUAUUGGAAAAGAUGUGUUUGACAUCGAGAGCACAAAGCGGGGUAUCUCGCACUUCCAGAAAUCACAACGCCUUCCACGAACUGGCCUACUUGAUCGUCCGACUCUAGAGCGGCUCAGGCGGGUCACUGCAAAAGCCGCCAGCAAGGAGAGUUGGACCAUGCCCAGAGCACUCAAAUCCACCGUCGCAGAAUUGGGGGGAAAGGGUGGUGAAAUGGUCAUGGGUAUGGUGGGCGCUGGCGAUAAGGCGGGCAUUGCCGAUGUCGAGACGGUGGAUAUCGAACGCUUCGCUGAACUUGUCCAUGGCGACUCGGCGAAGUGGCUAUGGCUGGGGAAAGCUAGAAAGACUGCCACGACCAAUAUGUUCAGUCGCCUUCCGGGCGAGGAGGCCUCAUCCCCUGAUGACCAUGCCGCGAAAGCAAGGCUCUUGAAAAGAGAACCGACCCAGGAAGAAAGUAAACUGACCAAGCGUGACACCAUCAACGAAGAUGUCAGAAACCAUCAUGAUAUAGUUGGAGAUGGGUUUGAGAGAGAAAAGGACAUAUAUUCCAAACGGGCGGCUAUCAAGAGAGCGACAGAAAAGAUUGAAUCCGGCACAGGGUUCCAUCGCAUCAAGGACGCCGUGGGACGGAAAAGCCAUCAACAUAAGACCUCCAAGGACGACGGCACCAAUGGUCAUGAAGCUCUACGACAGACCACCUCGGAGACUGGCAAGGCUGUUACGGACUUGGAAUUGGUGCCACGAAGAACCGUUACUGCCGAUCCUGCGCUCUCCAGGCUACUGGCAGAGACUGCCCAAAGCUCCGCUCAAGCGCUUGACAGCGAUACCCCCAGAGUUGCUGCAGAGACGGAGACUUCCGGAUCUGCCUCCGGACAACCAGCAGCUGAGGAGGAAGCAGCUCUCCUCUCCCGUGCUUCAACUGUUGAAGAAUCUGUUGCCGGCAGUUUAUAUGGGGAGAUGGAAGGCACCGAAAAACUUCCCUAUGAGCCCGCAGAGUCGGCUCCAAUCCCUCUCCGGCGAACCCAAAGCUCUGAGCCCAUGACGAAACACAGGGCUACGCAGAGGGACAACAACUGGUAUCCCCGGCACCUCUCGUUCAGCAUCGCCGAAGAGAGCGUUCUCACCUGGGCGCCUCUUGUGCCCGCCUGGGAUGACUCUCCAAAAUCUAUCGACGACGUCGCCGCCAAGCUGGCUACCCUACACUAUCUCUCCACCCACACAAAACACCUCUACGAAGCUCUAACCGCCCUCUCUACCACAGACGCCGCAUGGACGUCCGGCGCUCUGGAGACAGUCAAAGAGAUCGAUCUCCAAGCGACAGCCGACAUCCAAGAGCUGGAGCAGAUGUAUCUUGCUCGCUUCGAGGAAUACCAAUCACUGCGCGACGAGGUGCGGGAUAUUAUCUCGCAGGAUCGUGUGCAAUUGCACGAUGCGGUGAGAGAAUUGGAAACCUUGGGGGCAAAGCUGGACUAUGAGAUUCAAAAUCUGAAAGGGAAAGUUGAGGAUGUGGAGGAUGCGGUGGCGGAGUUGGAGAGGCAGAUUGAGAAUGUUGAGCGGAGGGUGGAUCAGCUGGAAGGGAUGAAGGGGAAGGGGAGCGAGGGCGGAGGUGAGGGAUGGGUCAAAUGGGGGGUGAGGAUGUUGACGGGGUUGGGAAGACCUGAAGAGGAAUGA